CUCUUCAAUAGAUAUGAAAAAUUUUAAAAAGAAGGACAUAUUUCUUCAUCUUAUAUUCUUUGUCGCAGGCAGUUGUGUUUCACUCAGCAUUUAUAUUCAUAUUGAGCCAUGUGUUAUUAAACACGUGGAACCUGCAACACAAAUGGUUGCGCCAAUUGUGCUCGCUGCAAGAGAACAGAAAAUCUGUGCAAGAAAGAAUGACACGAUGUUAACGUUGAAUGAACCGCCUUGCGUCUGCAACAGAAGAGUACGUGAAACCAUACACACCUCUCCGCAGUGGACACUGGAACUUGAACAAAAGAUGAAAAGUUUAGAACGAUUUGAGAGGCGGAAGAUCUGUAUGGACGACAUAUACAACUAUGUGGACGGCAGGUCACCAGUCAGCUACCCAGCUCAUGGUCUCUACGUUAUGCCCCUACGGGCAGUUUUAAUCAAAGGUGGAAUUUCGUGCUGAAAAAGGCGU